AGCACGAAGCUCUGUAGUGACAUAUUGUAAGGCAGCCAUCGCGACGUUUUAAAGUAUGUGUCAGGCCAUUGUUUUCCCAACUCGGCAAUGGCAUGGUGGAUUCUGUAAUCACUAAAUCAGGGACACUGUUAGGAUAAUCCUCCGAAAAUUGAAUUUAUCUGACCGGCAUCAUACGAUACGCCGAUUUCGUUUUAAAUUUGAAAUUUGAAAACGGUCGUGUAAACAAUGAGCCAAGAAAUCGUAGCCUACAAACCAGUAAACUUACAAGAUCGUUUAGAAGAAGAACAACGACUACUCGAAGGAUAUUUUUAUCCAAAUAAAUAUCCAAUCUCGACGCACAAUGGUAAACCUUGUUUUGAACACACUGUAAAGUUUAAAAAUGGCAGAUCGUAUAAACUUCGCGUUUAUGUAAGCGAUGGUUAUCCUAAAUGGCUACCCGACUUGGUUGUUUGUGAAUCGCCAGAGCCAAUGCCUUCCGAAUGGAUAGGUGGCAGGCACAGCACUCAUACUUGGGGCUGGCAAAACUAUGGCUUGCUGCAGAUUUGUCAUUGGCAUUGGGCUGCUUGGAAAGAAGAGAACACAAUUUGUCAGGUUUUUUUGAAAGGCAAAGAAUGGCUUGAAGCAUACGAGAAAUAUCGUCUAACGAAAAAACUGCCCUUAGAGUUGGAACAAAUGGAACUUACUGAGGAAGAAAAAGCAAAAGAAAUGCAUGUUCAUCAAGUUUGCAUGAAGAAUUUCUUUCUUGAAUCUUUUGCAAAUUGGGUCGAGCUAAUCAGAGCUCAAAAUAUUUUGUUGCCUCUACUGCCGUUCGGCCAAGUCCAGCCUUCUGAGCUAGGAAAUGUCAACAUUUCUGGAAGACUAAUGAUUCAAGCAGCGGAAACAGAGUAUUCCAUAGACAGCGAGCUUCAAAGACUGAUGAAUGACAUCGCCAAAUGUAAAAGUGCCUUCCCUGGUUGUGACGUUGUCGUUUCAUGGAGUUUUAUAAAUGAAAAACUAAAAUUCAACAUUAUUGAACCUAUAGGCUAUCGAAUUUGGAAUGGGAUUUUACUUUAGUUCCAGCAAUUCAACAUGCUAGGUGAAUUUACCUCAUUUUUUAAUGUGAUAAUUUUAUGCAACCUGGGUUCUUCAAAGCACUAUUAACUCUUAUCCUGGUUUGAGAUUUAACAUAUGUUUUACGGUUUACUAAAGCUUGUUUGUUCCGAAAAUCCAAGGUUAAUGUAUCUAUUCACAUUGUGAUCAAAAUUUUAAAACUGCUCAUUUUAACUUUUGAUAUUUCAUUUUAAAAGUUUUCGUCCGAUUCAAGGUUAAAACGUAUAGUCCACCUUUGAAGAGCGUGCUAUAAACAGGUUUAGCAUAUAAAUAUAUCGAUAUGAAAAUGGUAAGUCAAGCACAAUACUCUUAUUAAUAAUGUAACAUAGAUAAUAUAUGCAUAUAUAUGUUCGUAUAAAAUAUUUUAUUCAAUAAUGAAAUAUUAAAUGUAUGUAGUUCGUGAUCGUUUAUAUCGUAGAAUGUAAUAAAUACUAAGUUAUUUUACCAACAAGCGUAUAAA